AUGAUUGAAGGAUGGGAUGAUGGUGAAACAAUUUUAAAUUCAAUUGUAAAUAAAGUUGGUUCUAUAAAAGGAAAACAAUUACCAACAAUGAUUUUAUGUAAAAAAUUAAAUGAAAGUAUUUGUAUUAUAUCAGAAGAAAGUAGCCAAUUUACGGUGACCGUAUUCAAUUCAUAUCAUGAUGAUAGAAAUAUCUUUGUUCGAGUGCCCAUAAAUCAUAAUAGUGUUAAGGUACUUGAUGACAAUGGUAAUAUCGUUCAAAAUCAAGUACUGGAAACUUUUAAAACUUCACAAUUAAAUGGAAAUAAUAAAUUUGAAGUUAUAUUUGAAAUUAAAUUUAAAGGUAUUGGAUUUAUUACAUAUUUUAUCCAAUAUAAUAAUAAUAAAAUUAAAAAAAUAUCAAAAAAUAAUAAUGAAAAAAAUUUACUUGAAAAUGAUAAUUUUAAAAUUACAUUUGAUGAUAAUGGUUAUAUACAAAAUAUUACAAAUAAACAAUUAAAUAUAACAUUUCCUUUUAAUAUAACAUAUUCUUAUUAUAUUGGAUGUGGAAAGAAUGAUUUUCAACCGUCUGGUGCUUAUAUCUUUUCACCAAUAAACUCAACUACAGUAUCUUUUAAUAUGACAAUUAAUACAACAACUUUAAUCGGUCCAUUUGUAAAUGAGACACGCCAACAAAUAUCACCUUGGGUAUCACAUUCUAUUCGUCUUUAUAAAAAUGUUCCAUAUAUUGAAAUUCAAUGGACAGUUGGUCCAAUUCCAAAAGAAAAAUUUGAUCCAAUUGGUAAAGAAUUAAUUAUACGCUACACGACUACUCUCCAAAAUAAUGGUCAAUUCAUAACUGAUUCAAAUGGAAGGCAAUCAAUGUCUCGUAAAACUAAUUAUGCACCGGAUUAUACUUAUAAAAACACAGAUCCAAUAACUGCAAAUUAUUAUCCAAUUACUAAUAAAGUUUCUAUUAAUGAUGAUAAAUAUCUAUUUUCUGUUCUUGUUGAUAGAGCACAAGGAGUUGGUGGCUUAAAAGAUGGUGAAUUAGAAAUUAUGUUACAUAGAAGAGCUUUUCAUGAUGAUUAUUUAGGUGUUGAGGAACCAUUAGAUGAAUUAGGUGAAGAUGGUAAAGGAUUAAUUGCUAGAGGUAUACAUAGAAUUUAUAUUGGAGAUAAAAAUUUAUUAACAACUAAAAUAAGAGAUGAUUCAAUUUCAUUUUUUAAAGAACCUAUUAUAAUGUUUUCAAAAAUUAAUAAUAUAACAAUUAAUGAAUAUAAAGAUAACUUUAUAACAAAUUAUAAAUUUUUAGAACCAUCAUUACCAAAAGGUAUAAAUAUUUUGUCAAUUGAAUCACUUAAUGAUAUCUCAAGUGAAUGGUUAUUUAGAUUAGAACAAAUUUAUGAAGGAGAUGAGAUGGGUGUAAAAUCUCAACCAAUUACAGUAGAUUUUGAUAAAAUAUUUUCUCCAUUUAAAAUUGAACGUAUCAUUGAAACUGAUAUUCAAGGUAUUGAAGAAAAAAAUGAUACAAAUAAGAAAAAUAUGUUAAAAAAUAACAAAAUUUAUAUGAAAAAAGGUAAAAAAUUAUACAUGAAUAAAUUAGAAAAUGAAGUUAGCGUUCUUCCAAUGGAAAUAAGAACAUUUAAAAUAUAUUUAAAAAAUUAA